AGAGAUAAGGAAGUUGAUGAAGAUGGAGUUGGAUGUGUUGCGGACGAUUGCUGGGGCUUUAUUAUUGGGUGGCUGGGUUUUUGUGUUUUGGUUUGUGAAGAGAGUGAACGAGUGGUAUUAUGUUGGGAGGUUGGGAGAAAUGGCAUGCACUCUCCCUCCAGGUGAUUUGGGUUUGCCUUUUAUUGGCAACAUGCUUUCUCUCUUCACAUCCUUAAGAUCUGGUGACCCGAAUUCUUUUAUCCAGAGCCUCGUCUCCAGGUACGGGAAGACUGGUAUAUACAAGACCCACCUUUUUGGGUGUCCAAGCAUCAUCGUUUGCAGGCCAGAAUUAUGUCGGCGUGUCUUGACAAAUGACGAGCUUUUCAAACUUGGUUACCCAAAAUCCACUUAUCUAAUAUCAGGAAGGAAAUCCCUACACAACGUCACGAGCGCAGAACACGCACGUCUGCGCCGGUUGAUCUCAGCUCCCAUUAAUGGCCAUGAGUCACUGUCAAUGUAUAUCCCGCUCAUAGAAGAGGCGGUGGUGAAUUCCUUGGAUGAAUGGGCGAGCAUGCAGCAGCCAUUCCAGCUCUACACAGAAAUGAAGACGGCUACCUUUAAGGUCAUGGCGCACAUUUUCAUGGGCUCUGUUAACAAUUCCACGUUCUGGACAAAGGAAGAUCUGUUUGGUGAUUAUAUGAAGGGAAUCGUUUCUAUGGUUAUUAACUUACCUGGUUUCGCUUUCCACAAAGCACUACAGGCACGGAAGGAGUUGGUAAAGGUCCUUCAAUCAGUGUUGAACGAAAAGAGGGUGAUCAUGACUAAAAGUAAUCAACCCAAGGCAAAGAAAGAUAUGAUAGAUUUGCUUAUGGAAGUUGAAGAUGAGGAUGGUCAAAAAUUGGAGGAUGAGCAUGUCGUAGAUUUGCUUCUCACUUUCUUGGCAGCGGGUUUUAAUGGCUCCGCAAUUACUACAUUGUGGGCAAUGUUGCACCUAACAGAGCACCCUGAAAUUCUAGAAAAAGCCAAGCAAGAGCAAGACGAGAUUAUAAAGAGAAGACCAGCCACCCAAAAAGGAUUGAACCUUAAGGAAAUUAAACAAAUGAACUAUCUUGCUAAGGUAGUCGAUGAGAUGUUGCGCAUGACAAAUAUCUUGUCCAUAUUUCGAGAGGCCAAAGUCGAUGUUCCAAUGCAUGGCUACAACAUACCAAAAGGAUGGAAAGUUUUGGUCUGGACUGGAGCUGUUCAUAUGGAUUCUGAAACUUAUGAAAACCCAAAAGAUUUUAAUCCAUUGAGAUGGGAUAAUAUAAAAACGAAAGCAGGGGCUUUCAUUCCCUUUGGAGCAGGAAGCAAGCUUUGCCCAGGAAGUUCUCUGGCCAAGCUUGUCAUGACCAUUUUCCUUCAUUAUUUUGUCCUUAACUACGAGCUGAAGCGACUUAAUCCAGAUGCCCCAAUCCGCUAUACACACGGACCCGUGCAUGAAGACAAAUGCCUCGUCGAACUUUACAAGAUCUCAUAGUAACCCUGAAUAUAUGUAAUGCAUUGCUUUGCAACAUCUAUUAGUGCUGAAAACACUUGAUUCAAUCAUACAUUUCCUUGCAUUUGUGCA